GAGAGAGCGAGAGAGAUUGUGGUUGUGGCUCCUGCUAAAUGGUAAAGGGAAAAUCUCAUGGGAAAAAAAACAGCACCAACAAAAAGGAAGGCUUGUAAUCAAUCCCCCGGCAAAAUGCUUCAAGGACCAAAAAAACAGAUUUUCUUAAUGAAUCAAAGUGAUAAAUUGUUGAACGUCCAACAUGGAAUAAUGGACAGACUGAAAAUACGCCUUGAGUUCCAGCAAGUGGAUUCAGUGGAUAUGUGUGAUGUCAUCAUCACUUUUGUUCCAAUUGUGUCUCGGGCUGGAACAGACAUUCAAGCUGCACUUCGAAAUAUUCCAACAACUCUCCAUCGGCCUGUUGUCCUCGUAGCUCUCCACCACACAUUUGAUGUAAAUUACGUUGCUCCAGACAGCAGAUGGUCUGUGAAUAGGGAAGGUGUGCUUGCUGUAGACUUCCUCGGUCAUGAAGAUAUUGGACUGCUGACAUGCUUGGCCAAUGAUACGGCACUGAAAUCCAUCACUGAGUAUCUGAUCCCUGAGGCACCCAAUACCCCGCAGCUUCUACCAAAAAAUCUACAGCAGAGAAGACGAUGGUGGAUCUAUAUUGCUGCUUGUGGUUUGGUUGUUCUGUUUAUUCUGCUACUUUGCGUUUUCGUUACGAGAAGUCAAGAAAAAGUUCACACUCCAACUACGAUGAUGCCCAACAUAACUGUACCUACACAGAAGCCUGUAACUACACAGCAGCCUAAAGUAACUGUACUUAAAGAGAAGCCUGUUAUUAUACAACACCCUAAUAUAACUGUAACUCCAAAGCAGCUUAAAAUAACUGCAGCUGGAGCAGCCUAACAUAUAACAUGGUAACUAAACAGCAACAUAAUAUAACUGUAACUACACAGCACACCUAAUCUAACUGUAACUGCAAAAUAAACAUAAAACAAGAAUCUAAUGUCAUUUCUUCUGAAUCAGAUACAUUUUCAUUACAGUUAAUGAAAGUUAUUAGUUAUUAUUUUGACAACAAUCAUUUUCUAAUCAUACUAUCUACAAGAAAAAAUUAUCUAA